AUGUAUGGCUACAAGAGGUGUCCCCGUUUCAACUGCCAUUCCAACGAAUCUCCGUUCACUUCACCACCACCCCAAAUCACAAUGUGGAAACCCUACAUUCCCUUCUUCCUCCUCCUUUUCUCCACAAUACUCUUUCUCUCCCCCACCACCACCACCGCAGAAAUCAAAUCCCUCACCAUCAACUUUGAUACCCGCCCCAUGAUCUUCUUCGAAAAAUUCGGUUUCACCCCAAAAGGUCGCGUCACCAUCUCCGUCUCCUCCGUGGUCCUUUCCUCCUCCUCCCAACUCGAAUUCUCCCAUCUCGGUUUCUUCCUUCUAAACGAUGAAAACCUUCUUCAAGUCCUCACCAAGAUCAAACAAAAUGCUUCAUUUUGCGUCCUCGAUUAUCGCUACAUUUACCCUCUCUUUACUUUCGGUGACAUCUCUCCUCCUCCACCUCGUCCACCAGCUUCCUUCAACCGUUCUUUCCCCGUUUUAGGCUCUAACGAAUACAGUCUUUUCUUCGCUAACUGUGAUUCUGAAACCUCUGUUUCCAUGGUGGUUCGCACCGAGAUUUUCAACUUUGAUUCUAAUGGUUCUAGAGAUUAUCUCUCGGCUGGACAAACUCAACUUCCUUCUCUCUUUUUUCUCUUCUUCGUCGCAUACCUAGCUUUCUUUGUUGUUUGGGUUUACACUUGUUAUAUCUAUAAACAUUUAAUUCACCGUAUUCAUCUAUUAAUGGCCGUUUUGCUUCUCAUGAAGGGUUUGAAUCUUAUAUGUGCUGCAGAGCAUAAACAUUAUGUUAAAGUCACCGGUUUACCCCAUGGAUGGAAUCUGUGGUUCUACAUUUUUCAGUUCAUUCAUGUUGUUUUGUUAUUCAGCGUCCUGGUUUUGAUUGGUGCUGGAUGGUCUUUUCUAAAGCCGUCUUUGCAAGAUAGGGAAAAGAAGGUGUUGAUGAUCGUGAUCCCUCUUCAGGUUUUGGCUAAUUUAACUUCCGCCGUAAUUGGUGAUACGGAUCCUUUUAUCAAAGAUUGGGUUACUUGGAAUCAAGUGUUUUUGCUUGUUGAUAUUAUUUGUUGUUGUGCUAUUAUUUUCCCCAUUGUUUGGUCUAUAAGAUCACUUAGGGAAACCUUGAAAACUGAUGGAAAUGAAAAAGUUUCUAGGAACCUUGCAAAGUUGAUCCUUUUUAAGCAGUUUUAUAUAGUUAUUAUCGGGUAUCUGUGUUUCACAAGAAUUGUUGUGUUUGCUUUGAGAACUAUUGCUGCUUAUAAAUAUCAAUGGAUAAGUAAUGCUGCCGAAGAAACAGCCAGUUUUGUGUUUUUUAUUGUCAUGUUCUAUAUGUUUAGACCUGUUGAAAAAAACGAGUGUUUUAUACUAGAUCAAAAGGAAGAGGAAGAUGCUGAAAUCGCUCUUAGGAAUGAAAGUUUCUGUUUAAGGAAUUUUGAAGCAGCCUAG